UACGGUCUUCCUUGCUCACACAUAACCCUUCACAAAAAUUUAUAAAUUGAAUAAAGAUUUACUCCAUUCCUUCAAAACCAGUGUUGGAAGUCAAAACAAGAGUUGGCAGUAGUGCCACUGUCAGGGCAAAAUAUUUCUCAAAGCACACUGCAUGGUGUACGUCAGUCUUCAUUACAUUGAAUAAGACAUUACAGCCCAUUUCCCUUCUUGAAAAGCAGCUCAUACAACCAAUUAAUCUCCUACCGAAAAAAACAAAUCAAAUUUAUUGGGUUUUUUGGGGUUUUUUCCAGUGCUUUUCAAAAAUCUAAUUCUCAUCAAUUAGAUCAGCUAUUUGCCUUGACCUUCAGACGAUUAUUGACCCCUGACCUAUCACAGAGUUCAGGGGUAAUGAGUUCAAGGUUUUUUGACAGUGAAAGAGAAAUAAGAAUGUUGAAGUUGUCAGAUGAAAACAAGCUCUUGUGUGAUGAAAUUUUAAGUGAGUUUGAGGCAAUGGACUUUGAUGAAUUUUUAUCAGAUGAUCAGAUGGAUUCAAGAAGAUCUUACAUAACUCUUGGGUCUCUACUAUUUUAUAAGAACUGGUUGUUGUCGAGUCAUUUGUCUUGGUCUGACCAAUCUGACAUUAACCUGUACUUAAAGCAUCAUGCUUUAUAUCAUAUAAUGGCAAGUAAGAGUCUGGAUAAUCUAGUGAUAUGGCUGGAAGUUUUUCCUACAGCUAGAUGUGACUCACCAUUAAUUCCCCUGCCUGGAUAUGUUGAACCUAGAGGACGCUGGUUUCUGCUGAUAGUUGGUUUGAACAACUAUUUAAUGUGUAGUAUAUUAGAGACAGGAGGUAUAUCACAACAAGCUGUUGGCAAUCCAUCUGUUGAUAUUUUUUUCGUUGAUCAAAUCAAAUCAACUUUAGAACAGUUGGAUGAAGAUGAUGUUUCUAUGGCAAUAUGUUGUGAGGAAAGUAUAUGUUCGGAAGAGAAGAAUAUCUCUCUAGCUAAUGUUGAUAAAUUUCUUCCAAAGAUAAAAACCAAAGAUGAUAACAUCAGUCCCCAAAAAAUACCACAAUCACCAAAAACUCCUGUAAGUCCAAUGAAAUCCGAUCCAGGAAGAUAUAAAUACAGUCCUCACAGUGAUCGUCAUUCUAAUGCAAGUGAUGAUAUAGACAGUAGUCAUGGUAACAUUAAACGACAAGGGAGCAAACUCUCAUAUGGUUCUAAUGAUUCAACAGGAAGUAGUAAUAGUGCUGGACAACAGAAAAUUCAGAGUAAAGUUGGACGUUUAAGUUCUGUUGUUGAUAUAUCUGGUAUAGGAAGAAGUUUAUCAGUAUUACAUCUAGAUACACCUGUAGAUAAUGAUCAUACUACUGAUUGUAACAAAGUAACAAGAGGAAGAUGUAAUGUAUUGUUUAACUAUAUACAGAUAGAUAGUACCAGUGGUGUUAUUAUUACACCUACAGACACACAGCUUACAAUGUAUCAAAGUGCAAUAUCAACUCAACUUAUAAACUCUAUUUAUCAUUGUUGCUCAAAUCUACGUAAAUCAUUUCAUUAUACUCGUCAAACUGAGAAACCUCGUGAAAGAAAGAAAAGUUUAUAUGAAUCUAGUGAUAAGAUAACAGAUGUAGAGGAACAAGGUGUAUUAUUUAAUUUGACACCCAAUCAUCCGACUUCAUCAUCAUCUGCUAAAAAAUCACAACCAUCAUCUUUAUCUUAUUGGGUUAUAGGGAGAAGAUUUCGUGAAGAGGAUAAAGAAAUAUAUGUUUGUUUUCACGAAUCAGUUCCACAAUCUACUGUAGAAAUGGCAUUCACUCUAGGCUUUGGUUCUUGACAACACUAUCAAGGGAGAUGACUCCCAAUUAAAACUUUUUAAGGGAGACAAUUCUUUUUCUAAUAGUACCUUUCAAAGGGAGAAAUCUUAGGAAGAAUAUGAACUGUUUUGGAGAGAUAUCUUUAAAUAAUGUAGAAUUAAGUAUUUUAGAAUGGGAUUUUUAGUAAUGUUCUUAAUCAGCUGAUUUGGUUCGAACCAGUCGAAGAGAUUUGAUAAUAAAGUGUUGAAAAAUAAAAACAAAAAUAACCAUAUGUUAGUCUCAAUAUGACCGAAGUAUUCUGUUGACGAGAUGUUUAACUUCAAUCCUUUAAUUUCCCUUUAAACUAUCAUAUAUUCUGUGAAUGGCAUCUUGAUAUUAUAUAAAAUUGAGCAGGACUCAAGCUUUAAUCACAUAUUUAUUGUAUGUAUCAUGUUGAUUACUUGUCUAAUAUUUUACUAAAGAUCCCCUAACAGUUGAAAAGCAAAAAGAAGAGUAGGUCACGAUGAUGCUGUUAGGGGACAAUUGACCUCCUAGCACACUACAUGCCUUAUGUCUGUCUCCAUUAGCCCGAUUGUUUCCAUUAGCCCGAUUGGUACACCAAUGGUAGGAUGUUAAACCCCGUUUCAUUUCCGUUUGUUUCGUUACACAUUAUAAUUAUUACCCACCAAAUACUCUUGAUCAGUUUCUCAACCUAAAUGUACAUUCAAUGUAUCUCAAAGGAAUAUUUUGGGGGUUUUGUUUAAAAUAACAAUAUUUUAGUUAAAAAUAAAUUAUUAAUUGACAGUUGGAGAAAUAAAGCUGGUAAACGUCAUUUUGAAUCUAUGAAUGGAAUGUCGGUCCAAAAAUUAUUCCAUCCCAGAAUUUAUAAAGGUAGAAUGAAUUUGAUAUUUUGCCAUAUUCGUCGUCUUAUCCUAUGGCAGUCUUCAUUAGCCCAGUCAGAGCAGAACAGUAGGACGUUAAACACCAUUUCAUGUGUUAUCCUCUGCAGACAAGUUAGCUGGACAUCUUUUUAAUCUAAUUAAAUUUAAUCCUAGAGAUUAUCUACAGUUGAUGUUUUGAUUUUUUCUUAAUUAAAUGUUAAUAAUCGAUUUAAGUACAUUUUAUAAUGGAUAGAAUUGGGAAAAAAAUAUGUAAAUUACCGUCAGCGGCUUUUAAAGAUCUCUGUGAUAUAGGUGAAAAUAAGUUUUGUAUUUGUAGAUUUUUUAAGGGUAUUUAUGAAGUCUGCUCUGUAUAAUAUAUAUUAUAUUAGUUUUUUUAUCUUUAAAGGUGCAUUAGGUAAGAUUUAGAUAACAGGCUGACAGUUCUGGCUAUAAUAGACAAUAUAAUGAAAAGAGAAUAUCUUGAAAAUUUCAGUCAUAUUUCAUUCUUGGCAAAGUCAUCAUUUUUUGAAGAACAGUGAAGUCUCAGUUGUCAACGCUACCAUUACGACAAUAAACAAAGUCUCAAUUAUCCAUUUUUAAAUUAAAUCAUUAACUGCCAAAUCGUAUUUGAAUCUGUUGGAAAUCAAAACCAUCCUAAAUUCUAGAGAGUUGAUUUUGGGCUUGUCAUGUAAAUAAAUUUUUAAUUAAUAAUUUAUACAUUUGAGGCCAAACUAAAGAGGACAUUAGAUAGGUAAGAUUAGAUAAAGAGCUGACAGUUCUCGCUAUAAUAGAUAGUUACAAAAUAUAUGAUGAAAAUUUCAGUCAAAUUGCUUCACUUUAAAGAAGCUAAAUCGCUAAUAUUUUGGACCUAGAAAUUGGCACAAAUGGGUUGCAACACAUAUAAUAAUGUAAUAUGAAUUUAUAUAAACUGUUUUACAUUCAAUCGUGUCCGUUUUACUGUGAAUUGUCAUCAGUUAUGUUCGGCAAAAUACGUCAGAAGUCUCAACCGCAAGUCAGUUUCUAGCGUCUGGUUAUUCUAGUCAACACCGAUAUUAUUUAUUGCGCCUGCUCUCCAAAUAAGAACAUGAUAUUACCGUUUGACAUGACUUGUGGCAUAUGUCUAGCCUCAUUCUUUGAGCACCUUGUUACAAAUGGCGCUGAAACGCAUUAUGGUACACAAUUCGUGUACCAAUGGUAAAAUGUUUAUUUUGUCUUAAAUAUUGGAUAUCAGAAGCUCAUCUUUUCCAGGUAAGAUCACAAUACCAAUGCUGAUUUAAAUUGCAAAAAAAAUCGUGUUUUCAAUGUUGAAGAUUUUGGAUAAUAUUGAGUUACAGACUAAUCUACUUUAAACCGAGAUAUUAGCGAUUCAAGUUUAGGCUCGCAUAGAUCGUCAUUACUACUUUGGUACCAUAAUUAACAAAGUCUCGAUUAUCCAUUUUUACGUCCAUUGUGGAGAGUUGAUUAUGGUGUUGAUAAAUAAUGUCUAAUUAGUAAUAUAUAUAACAUUUAAGGCCUAAAGUAAGACUGCAAUAGGCAUAUUUAGCUCUUGCAUAAUGCAUGUUUAAGUUAGAACCAAUGGACUUGAAUAAUUUUUGAACCGAUGGACUUAAAUCAAUAGACUUUUUUUUAAGGAAUAUUUAUAAUUGCAAUUUUUUUAAAACCUAUAGAAUCUGUUCUGGCUUGUAUAUUUAACUAGUCCUAUUACAUACCUCAUCAAGUGUUUUAACAUGAUAAAUAUAUUAUUUUAAUUUUCAAGAUUUAUUUCUAACAAAAGGGUCCUUAGUCGAUAUUUCCGUCCGAUAUUGGCUAGUUUUUAUCAACGUUUUGUCAAAUUAAACCUUUUAUAACCUUAUAUAGUAGGCGAUUGGGAUGAGUAAAUCAAGAAUUUGUUUUAUAUUAUAUUUGUAUUGUAUUGUAUCCGUGAAUUAAUUACAUUUUAUCUAUAAACUAUAUAU